AGCACAGUUAAUUAUAACCACCAUUACUAUCAAUAUUAUUACUAUUGUUAUCAUCUUGUACUGCUUAACAUCUAAUAGGUAAUAAGUGAUUUCAUGUCGUAUAACAUGGAUUUGAACAAGGGCACAACGUUUCAGAACUUACAAGCUCGCCAUUUUGAAACAAAAUUGAAGAUGGCGCCACUUUCUACAUUCAAGGAUAUCGAAUGGAACGGGGAAGCUUCACCGUGGAUCACAGAUGCACAGGAAUUUGUUGCUGCCUUCCCCAAGAACCUUACAACAUCAGUGACUAUCUACAACAUUGGGUAUACCGACCAACGUCCAUUUGAAAAAUCCAAGCCUUCUGUGUUAAUAGACGACGAGGAAGUGGUCAACAUAAUCACAACGUCAAAUGUCGAAUUUCCAUUUAACCCUAUCGACAUCUCGGCCUUCAUGAACUCGGCCAACGAGAUCGCUGGAAAGAUGAAAAGUCAGAAGGCCAUCAUGCGGAUUGUUAAAGGAGAUGGAUAUGGGGACAGCGCCACCUGUCGGGCGAUCAAUGAAGUACUGGUACUUCAAUCACAUGAACAGCAGCAGGAGCAAGAACAGCAGCAACCACACAGGAGAUGUAACGACUGCAUCGACCAACAACAUCUGCAGGAGAUGCAAAAACCACUCAGAGCAUCAUCAGCAAAAAUCAACAGCAGCAGCAGCAGCACUUAAGAAAUGAAUCUAAUUGAAACUCCUGCACAAAUGCCAAUGAGGAAACAGUUUUCAGACAUUAUUCAUUUACAAAAUGAGACAUCAUUUAUUCAUUAUUUUACAGGAUAAAGAAAAAGUUUUUUUUUAAGUGUAAAUUUGCAGGAACACAAUGCAUGUUCCCUAUGUAUCUAUUUAUUGAAAUAAAUUUAAAUUUAAACAGGAUAAAUGAUGUUUCAAUAAAUAUCUACUUUCUGUCAAUGAGUAAAAAUACCUGCAAUAUCUUUUAAUUUUCUAUUUAAAAUGACAAAAACCAAUUUAUCAAAUAAAAAUCAUCAAAAAAUUGACCAAUAAGGCUGCUUAGGCCCUCAAAAAUAGAUUAGUCGGAAAAUAGAAGACCACUGAAAACAUUUUUAGAAUUAGUUGGUGGUUUCCACAAAUUUGUCGCUGAUUUCUGUGACAAAUUUUCAUGAAAUGGAAUUUAGUCGGAGAAAACCUCUGACUAAUUGUUUGAUGAAACACCCCCUGGGAUAAUUGCCAGUAAUCCAGUCAUUUUUGGUAUUUUGAUGAAAUAGCUGUUUCUGCCGCAAUAUUUGACGCAGCUAUUUGAACUGCGUCAAAUAUUGCCGCAGAAAAAAUGUCAUUUGCCGCAGAAAGUAUCUGCGGCAAUAUUUUUGACGCAGUUCAAAUAGCUGCGUCAAAUAUUGCCGCAGAAAUUGUCAUUUGCCGCGAAAGUAUCUGCGGCAAAGUUUUAUGAAACGGAAACUUGACGCUGUUUUUAAAUUUGCCGCAGAAACACAGAUUUGCCUCUGCGGCAAAUGUUUAUGAAACGGGCCCAUGGUCUUGUAAAUUGAACCAGACGUGGUAGAGAUUUGUGACAGAAGUGGCUCUCCAUAAUUAAAGCGAGACCUCAGACCAGGGUUCCGUAACACAAAGCAUAAUGAUUGAUCGUACUUUUGUUUUUUUUUAUUGAUUGUACAUUGUAGUCAAUGCAAUUAAUCGAGAAAAUUUGUACUACGAUCAAUGUUAAGCUUUUUGUAAACGGGCUCCAGAAUUUGAAAUAAACCACAGUUCGGAAUACGGGCUAUUAGGCACAAUACGAAGUAUGCACAAGUAAAUAAAAAGAAAUUGGUCAGGAAAUAUAUCUACAUUUUUAUUAUCAUUGUAACAUGCAUAAUAUAAUUUUCUGUUUUUCAACAUGACAUUGAACAAUUUACAAUUCCAUAGCAUUUUCCAGAAGCUCUAUUUACCUUUGGCCCAAGUUCAAAUUGUGCUUACUCAAAGCGCAGAAGAAGCAACCACCUAGUAAAAAUUACAGUAUUAUAUAAAGAACAAGUGUUACUUGAACCAUGGACCCACUAGAGAUGCUGGAA